AGAGCAGCAGACAGAAACCAAUACUAGAGAGUAAGAUCUGCCGCUGACAGGAUCUACUAUGUAAAAGUCAGCCCCUAGCGCUUACUUCUAUGUCUUCUGCCUAUCUGCCUAGCGCUUCCACGUGAUUGAUCUCGAGAUAAGUGCUGCCUGGAAUGCGGCACAGCAAGCUAGAUAUUUACGUUUUCUUUUCUUAUCAUUUUUCGAGGCAUCGUAGUGACUAUGGAGCUUCAAUCAAAGCUUACAAUCCUCCUCCUUGCUGCAUUGGGAACGGCAAUCAUAUCCAUCCGGCGCUUCCUCAUCCGCCGUCAGUUCGCACGCCGCCACGGCUGUCAACCAGUCGUGCGAUCGUUCAGCAAGGAUCCUUUCCUGGGCCUUGAUACUAUCCCUGGAACAGUCCGGGCGAUCAGACAGCAUCGGAUUCUCCAGAGAAAUUGUGAGAUCUUUCAUGAAUACGGCAACACAUUCAGAGUCCAGGAGCUGCACCAAAGUGCCAUCGUGACUAUUGAGCCUGAGAACAUCAAGACGAUCCUAUCGCUAAACUUCAAGGACUAUAGUCUCAAACACCGUCUCGAGCCAUUUAAGCCGCUAUUGGGAGAGGGCAUCUUCAAUACCGAUGGCGAACACUGGGCCUCAUCGCGCGCCCUCAUCCGACCGAGCUUUGCCCGUGAGCAGGUAUCUGAUCUGAGAUUGUUGGAGAAGCUCAUGCAGGAUUUGUUGGUGUUGCUUCCACGAGAUGGUACAACAGUGGACUUGCAGGACCUGUUCUUCCGGUAUACGAUUGAUUCCGCGACGGAGUUCUUGUUUGGGCAGUCUGUUGGCACAUUAAAAAAAAACCAAUCGCAACUGGCGUUCGCAGAAGCCUUCCAGUAUGCCCAGAAGGCUAUUCCCGUACGGGGCAUGCUGGGUCCGUUGAAUGCCAUCUAUCGUGAUCGAAAAGCUGACGAGUGUAAUCGCAUCUGCCGGGAGUUUGUACAACAGUUUGUUGAUGAGGCGGUCUAUGCUGCUGAAGAGAGAAAAGAAGAUAAGGAAACCAGAACAACGGAGACAAAGCGAAGAUAUAUUUUCUCGCAUGAGCUGGCCUCGCGGACGUCCGAUAAGCGGCGUAUGGUAGAUGAGUUGAUAAGUGUGCUCCUAGCUGGCCGGGAUACAACAGCCAGUCUGCUCGGGAAUCUGUUCUUUAUGCUAGCGAAGAAUCCGGUGGUUUGGGUGAAGCUGCGCGCUGAAGUUGAUGUCUUGCAGAAUCGGCCACCGACGUAUGAAGAGCUUCGCGGGCUACGGUAUGUUCAGUGCUGUGUAAAUGAAUCCCUCCGCCUUCACCCCGUCGUGCCCCGUAAUCAACGCGAAGCAAUUCGAGACACCGUCCUCCCACUGGGUGGAGGUAAAGAUGGCCUCUCGCCCGCUUUUGUCCCAAAAGGAACCCUUGUCGGCUAUAAUAUCUACGCCAUGCAUCGCCGAACCGACCUCUAUGGACCAGAUGCAGCAGAAUUUUGCCCGGAGCGCUGGGAGGAUGGUAAGCUGCAACCGCGCUGGGGAUAUUUGCCGUUCAAUGGUGGGCCACGGAUCUGUCUUGGCCAGCGCUAUGCCUUGACUGAAGCAAGCUACGUUCUUGUCCGGAUGGUGCAGGAGUUUCGUACCCUGGAGAGCCAUGAUCCGGGGCCUUGGGAGGAAGGUCUGGCUUUGACGCUUUGUUCGAGGAAUGGGACUAAAGUUGGGCUUAUUCCUUGAAUACAUUUGUAUGACUUGUAUGAUUAAUCCAGAAUCAUAUCACAUCAUCCUACUACAAGAACCCCUCUUUUGCCUUCUCUUCAACAUGCUGUCCUGGGUCCGAGCUCGACUGUGAAUACGAAACAGUUACAUCAAGAAGCAAAUCGAGGAUUAUCCGAACAUAGAGGGUUAACCGGCCGUAGUUAGCCACCUCAUCACCAGAUCACUCAUCCACUACGAUGGACAAGUAUGCUUAUAGUGCGAGAAUCGUAUGUGUUGAACAAAGGAAGUAUUAUAGAAGCAUUAGCAGACCGAACACCACAGACAGUUAUCAAAUCCGGGUCCGACAGUAAGUGGGUCAACUCCCCCUACGCCGUUGUUACCACCGACUUCCGGCCCCUUGUCUAUAGCUUAGGCUAGCCAACAAUGAUCUGCUUAGCGCGCCCUCUAGCCCAUCCAUUGACCAAAUGAAUCUCAUCAUCCUGGCAUAAGAGACUUAGGUAUCAGUAUUCCUUACCCCGCUCAGCACCUGGGAGAUCAAAUUAGCCCCGAAAUGCUCCACAAUCCUUG